AUGGCGUCCGAGUCAACACCGCAAGACUCGCUCUCGCUCGAGGAGACGAACAAGGUGCGCAUCUCGCUGGGCCUGAAGCCGAUCGGCGCCGAGUCCGAGGACGGCGAGCCAGAGGAAGAGGACCGGGACGCGAUCGCGGAGCGCAACUUCUCCGAGCGCGUGCGGGAGGAGAAGCGGCAGCGUGCCGAGAACGAGAUCAAGGAGCGGAUAGAAAAACAGAAGAACCAGCGCGCGCUGCAUGCGAAACUGAAAGGAUCGACCCUCGGCGAUGCAGGCAAGGACGAUCUCGAUGCGAAAUCGUGGGCGAAGAAGCUGAAGAAGCGCUCCGCGAAGCGGGAAGCGGAGCUCGCGGCGCGGCGGGCGAAGGAGAUGGCCGAAGCGGACGCGGCGGCAUAUGACGAGCGGGACCUGGUCGGCCUGCGCGUCGCGCACGACACGGAUGACCUCGUCGAGGGCGAGGACGUGGUGCUGACUCUGCGCGACGCGCGCGUUCUGGACGGGGAGGAGGACGAGCUGCAAGACGUCGCGCUCGCGGACCGCGAAGCCGAUGCUGCGCGGGCGGAACGCGCCCGCCGCGCCAAAGCGCAAUACACGGGCUACGACGACGAGGAGUUCACAACGGGCCGGAUCGGGAAGAAGGCCGAGGUGCUGUCCAAGUACGACGAUGGGUUUAGCGCGGACUCGACGCGCGCCGAGGGCUUCCGGCUGGGCGAGGCGCCCCCGCCCAAGCGCGUCGAGGAGGAGGAGGAGGAGCUCGGCCGCGCACCAGACAGCAAGGUCAAGCUGUCGCUCGACUUUGCGCAGGACUGGGAUGUCGACGACUACAUGCGCGAGGGCGACAAGGGGUUCAAGGUCAAGAAGCGCAAGGUGAAGCGCAAGACGAGGCAGCGCGAGGUCGACCCCGAAGACAGCGCAGCAAUGGACGUGGAACCGACCUUUGAGCGCCGGCGCGUCGAGGACGCUCCCGACAAUCUGGUCGAUGACGACGACCUGCAAGCCGCACUGGCACGGAGUCGGCGCGCGAACAAUAAGAAGAAGCGCGUUCGCCCGGAGGAGCUCGCGGAGCGCAUCAAGGCGGAGCGCGAGGCCGAGCCCGAGCCCGAGAAAGAGGCGGAAGGCGAGGACGACGGACGUAUCACGUUUGACGAGACGAGCGAAUUCGUCCGCAACGUCACGGCCGAGGGCAAGAUCAGCCGCAGCAAGAGCGCAACGGGCACGCCGGCGCCGCGCACCGCUGUGUCCGAGGAGCCGGAGGGCAAGCCGCAAGUCAUCCAGAUCGAGCGCGUGGAGGGCAUCGAGGACGCGGAAAUGUCAGACGAGGAGGACGGGGACGACGAGCUGGCCGAAAUGGCGGCGCGGGAGGGUCUCUCGUUGGCCGAGUACAGGCUGAAGAUCGACGCGCAAAUGGCCGAAAUGUCCCAACUCUCUGCGGAGGACGCGCCGGACGCGCCGACAACCGAGGAGCCCAAGAUCACGCAGGGCAUGGCCGGUGCUCUGGCCCUGUUGCGCAACCAAGGCAGUCUGGAGAAGAAGGACGCGGCGACGCUCGAGGCCGAGAAACGCAAGGAGCGGCUGCAGAAGCAGCACGACCUGUGGCUUGCGGACCACAAGCGGCGUCUGGCGCGGGAGGAGAUGGACAAGCUCGCGGCACGCGGCACAGCGCACCAGAAGGACCAGGCGCAGCGCGAGUACGAGAACCGCCAACGCGAAAUGGCCGAGGCGAAAGCCGCCCUCGAGGAGUUUAAGCACUACCGCCCCGAGGUUGAGCUGAAAUACCAUGACGAGUUUGGGCGCGAGAUGACCCCCAAGGAGGCUUGGAAGAGCCUCUCGCACCGCUUCCAUGGCAAGACAUCUGGACGCAUGAAGACGGAGAAGAGGCUCAAGAAGAUCGAGGAGGAGCGCAAGGCCAAGGCUAUGCUUGCGGGCGAUACGCCGCUUGGCAUGGGGGCUGCGUUCCAGAAGAGACAGGAGAAGACGGGCCAGGCCCACAUGGUGCUCUCCGUUGGAAACAGGGGCAGCGUCCAGAAGAAGUAG